UCGGGCGGCCUCUUCCGCCACGGACCGGAAGUGCCCGCCUCCCCGCGCAGGGACUUCCGGCGGGCGGCCACCAUGGCGGCCUCCGUGGUCGGCAAGAAGAUCGUGUUUGUCACGGGCAACGCCAAGAAACUGGAGGAGGUCACUCAAAUUCUAGGAGAUAAGUUUCCCUGUACCUUGGUGGCGAAGAAGAUCGAUCUGCCGGAGUACCAGGGCGAGCCGGACGACAUCUCCAGACAGAAGUGCCUGGAGGCAGCACGCCAGGUGCAGGGGCCUGUCCUGGUGGAGGAUACCUGCCUCUGCUUCAACGCCCUGGGGGGCCUCCCCGGACCCUACAUAAAAUGGUUCCUGGAGAAGUUGAAGCCCGAAGGUCUCCACCAGCUGCUGGCCGGGUUCGAGGACAAGUCAGCCUAUGCGCUCUGCACCUUUGCCCUCAGCACAGGGGACCCCGGGCAGCCGGUGCUGCUGUUCCGGGGCCGGACUGUGGGCCAGAUUGUGGCACCCCGCGGCUGUCGGGACUUCGGCUGGGACCCCUGCUUCCAGCCUGAUGGAUACCAGCAGACGUAUGCAGAGAUGCCCAAGGCGGAGAAGAACAGCAUCUCCCACCGCUUCCGGGCGCUGCGCGAGCUGCAAGACUACUUCUGCCAACUGGCUUGCCCCAGGGGCAGCGACGCCAGCCUUGGGUCUGGGGAGGGCUAGCCUGGCCGCCUCCACUGGGCCGACACCCGCCAGCCCGGACUUUCUUCGGGGGAGUGGCGAGUGGGCCUGCCUCCCCCACGGCCCUGUGGACACAGCAGCUGGCGUGUGUGCGUGGGGGGGGCACACACUUGGGGCAAG